GGCUGGAGAGCAGAGGUGGAGGGGGAAGGUGUCGCGGCUCGAGAAGGGGAGGUUUGAGAAGUCAGCGCCGGCGUGGAACGAGGAGAGGGCGCAGGUCCAGGAGAGGUCUCGAGGCGAAAGGAAGGCCCGCGGCGAAGGGAAGGCCGGUGGCGAGGAGAGAUUCAGGGGCGAGGGGACGGCCCUUGGCGAGGAGAGAUCCAGGGCCCAAGAGAAGCCCCGAGGCGAGGAGAGAUCCCGCGGCGAGUGGAAGGCUCGUUUCGAGGGGAGAUCCUGGGGCGAGGGAAAGACCCGUUUCGAGAAAUCCCGUGGCGAGGAGAGAUUCCGGGACGCGAAUAAGGCGGGUGGCGAGCAAAGAUGCCAUGGAGAGGAGAAAGCCCAGGGUGAAGUUCUAGCUACAUUGUGCGCUACCCAGCCAUGUCCCCUGCCAGCCCUGUGUGGCUAAGAGUCCGACUUCUGAGGGUGCUGUGGGCACUGCUCGCGGUGCUACCGUGGCCGUGGAAGCUGUGGGCACUCAUCCACAAUUUCCAGGAGUGCACUUGGCAGGUUGCCUUGAACAAGUUCCAGAGGGUGGGCGAGAACUUAGAGAGUGAUCGCUUCCUUCAUCAAGAGCCGGUAGACACAGUGCGCAAUGUGUUCAACAUGUUGGUGGACUCACCCAUCGACCGGCGCGAGAAAUACUUGGGUUUUCCUUACUACCUGAAAAUCAACUAUUCCUGUCAUGGACAGGACUCCGAGGACCUGGUCCGCAGGGGCCACCUGAUAGGGCUGAAGCCUCUAGUGCUGGUCACUUUCCAGGCCCCAGCCAACUUCUACCGCUGGAAGAUAGAGCAGCUGCAGAUCCAGAUGGAGGCAGCCCCCUUCCGCAGCAAAGAGCCGUGCCCGGCAACGGAGGUGUGUGUCAUGAGCUGGUACACGCCCAUGCCCAUCAAGAACGGCAGCGUGGUCAUGCGUGUGGACGUCAGCAGCAAUGGCGUGGGUCCUAUCAUUCCCAACCAAAGGUUCCACGUGAAUAUCAACGGCUUCCUGAAGAUGGAGGGAGACAAAAUCCAGUUCACAGUGGGAGAUGAGCUCUUUGAUCUGAAGCUCAGAUACUUUGUGAAUGUCCCAUCGAGACCCCUGUGGUACAAUGUGGACCAGUCACCCGUGCUCAUCCUGGGUGGCAUUCCCAACGAGAAGACCCUCAUAAUGACCAGUACCAACUUCAAGGAAUUCUCUCUCGUGGAAUUGAGCAUUGACAGUUGCUGGGUAGGUUCCUUCUACUGUCCCCAGGCUGAGUUCUCAGCCACCAUCCAUGACGCCAUCUCCACGGAGAGCACGCUCUUCAUUCGGCAGAACCAACUGGUCUACUACUUCACAGGCACCUACUCCACACUCUACGAGGGCAGCCACAGCAGUGGCAAAUGGGUUCGCGUCCUGGCCAGCGAGUGUAUCAAAAGACUGUGCCCCGUGUAUUUCAGUAGCAAUGGCUCUGACCACAUCAUAGCCCUGACCACCGGCAAGCAUGAGGGCUACAUCCAUUUUGGGACCAUCACAGAUGGCCUUGUGUCCUUCGAGUUGCUGCCCAGGAAUCAGUCCAUGUGCCAAAGGCUCCUUGCUGACAGAUGCUCCAUCACCUGGGCCACCUUCAUCUCGGGAGAAAACACUCUCAUUCUGCUGGUGGAGAUCUACUACCAGAAGAGUGAUGAGAAAUACUACCAACUGACCAACUACAACCUGAUAACUAAUGAGAUGAACAUCCUCUAUACGAUGCCACUGUUCAUCCCUGAUGCUGGAGGCCUAGAGUUCCUGAUGAUCCUGGGGACGGAGACCUACACCAACACUCCCAUGGUACCCAAGGGCUUGUUCUUCAAUGUGUACAACAACCUGCUCUUCAUCUGGGGCAACUUCCUCCUGCAGAGUUACAACACAGAAAACUUCCUCUACCUGGCGGACUUCCCCAAGGAGUCAACCAUCAAGUACUUGGUCAAUUCAUUCCAAGGGGAUGUGGUUAUUGUCACCGAGACUGAGGAGAUCUGGUACCUCCUGGAGGGCACCUACCAACUGAGCAGGCUGUUCCCGUCCAAGGGCUGGGACAUCCACGUCAGCCUGCAGGUGAUGAAGGAGUCCUCACUCUAUGCCUCCAACGAGACCAUGGUCACUCUCUUUUAUGAAGAGGACAAGCUGUACCAGCUGGUAUAUCUUAUACAAAAGCAGCAGGGCCACCUGGUGAAGAGGCAGGUGCCAGUGGAGAAUGUGCUGUUGUAUAAGCAGUACAACAAGUACCACGUGGAGCCAGAGGGGAACUUCCGAACGCUCAUCUUCACCAACUUCUGCCCGUUCGAGGUGAUGCGCCUGGGGAACCUGCCUAACCCACAGGCCUACACGCGCCAGGAGCGCUACCUGGCUCGGCCCCCGAUGGUCUUGAAUCCCUCGGGGUUCCACACCGAGAACUCACUCGCGGUCUAUCAGGGUCUCGUCUACUACCUUCUCUGGUUGCACUCCAAGUACGACAAGCCUUAUGCGGACCCAGUGCACGAUCCCACCUGGCGCUGGUGGAAAAACAAGAAACAGGACAAGGAUUACUACUCUUACCUGGCGAGCAACUGGCUGAGCGCGGGUGGCGUGCACAUCGACAUGGACAGUUACGAAAAGGUCUACGACCUCAAAGCCUCCUACCGGCUGCCCGAGCGCAUCUUCCUGGACAAGGGCGCCGAAUACCACUUCUCCAUCUUCCUGACCGCGCGCGGGCACUCCUUCGAGAUGGGCACUGUGGUCGGCAGUGUCUUCAAGGUGCGGAGCAGGGUGUCGGUUGGCGUGGUGGUGGCUGACCCCAGCUGCACGGAAUCCUUGGUGCAGCAGAGGGUUCUUGUUAAACGCAACUCGGUGCUAUUCUUGGUUACUCUCAGGGAUAAAAGCGUUUGCUAUGACCAGGGCAUUAGUGGACAUCACCUCAUGAAGACUUCCCUGAUGGUCAAGGUGGUGGGUUCCUCCGGGUUCUGCUUCCAGCACACACACCUUGGACCCCGAUUGCAAGGCAACCUGAUGGUGCCAGUGUUUAUCGGCUGUCCCCCAGGCAAGCGCCUGGCCUUCGACAUCACCUACACGCUGAAGUACAUGCGCCUGAAGAACAAACACUACUACGACUGCAUCUACCAGGACCCUGAGAUGCCCUGCUUUCUCUUCCGUGACAUGUUCUACCCCUUCUUCUUGAUUCAAGAUUUGGUAACGGGAGACUCUGGCAGUUUUAAGGGCAGCUACGUGCUGAAAGUGGUGGGAGGCGGGCGCUCGCUGGGCAGUAUCGUGGACUACAACGAGGAGGAAAUCUAUCGCUACAACAGCCCCCUGGACAAGACUGAUAGCAGAAUCUGGACCACAAGGACCGCGGGGACCACCCAGGAUAUGGCCUUCCACAUCAUGUCUUAUGAAAACUCGGGCAUUGAGUGGCUGUGUUUGGAGAACUCCCCAUGCUAUGACUUGACCCCCCAAGGCAUCUUCCCCCCUGAAUUCUACUUCAAGGUGCUGGUGAGCAACAGAGAUGUGGACAACAGCACGUACUGCGACUACCAGCUCAUCUUCCUGCUGCACAUCCAUGGGCUCCCACUCAGUGCCAAGCGGGCCCUCUUCCUUCUCAUUGUUUCCGCCAGUGUGCUCGUGGGCCUGGUGAUCCUCUACAUCAUCAUCUGCCUCCUGUGGCCCUAUGUGGUGAGGGCCUGCAGCCACCUCCGCUGGAGGAUCAAUAACAUCAUUGCCUCGGAAUCCUACUACACCUACGCCACGUCUUCCAGAGUCUUUAGCUUGUCAUCUCAGCCAAGUUUCGAGGCCAUCUCCAAGGUCCCCUCCCAAGUAGACACCAAGGUGGAAAACCAAGAGGAUCAGCCUAAAUUGGAGCCAGCCGAGGAGAAUCAGCCAGAGAGCCUACUAUCUGCCCAACCCUCAGCCUCCCUUAGCUCUCUUUAGAAAUGCAACCUGUCACCUGCCCCAGUUUUGCUUGAAUGUUCACUUCUUUUUCAGACUCAAAUAAAGCCUCA